AUGCAGGUCAACGUGCUCUCGGCGUGGUCACGACGGACGGGCACGUGGCACGGGAGGGAGGAAGAACUGCGCAAGAGACCUCACAUCGGGUUGACCGCCUGCCAAUCGACCCGGGCGAUGUAUGCCAUCUGGCAAUGCGGUGUUCCGUCUCACAGCGGCGCCAUAGCGUCGACUCAAGAUUCCGCGCUGGAAAUGAACAAGGCUCAUCCAUCAGGAAAGGUGUACCGACGCGGAAUUGCGCGAUCGCCCGGCCUCCCACGCGCAGGACCGCGGACGCUAUACAGCAACCCUCGUUCCACCGGUGGAUGCUGUCCUUCGAUCCCCACGUAA